CUGCGGCCGCCGCAGCCGCUGGCCGGAGGCGCCCGGGCUGGGGCUGGGGGGGCGAAGCCGCUCCGCGGGGAGGCGGCGGCGGCGGCCGGGGCCGGGCCGGGCCGGGAGGCUCCGGUUGGGCGGCGGGGGUGGAGGAUCCGGCUCCGCUGCCCUCCCGCCCCUCAUAAAGCUUUGAUGAGACACUUGAGCCGCCGCCUGUGUUGCCGGGGCGGCGGGUAGGCGGCCGGUGGGACUGGGCGCCCGGGAGAGGAUGUGACUUCCCGGAGGGGGACCCGGACAGGCUUUGUGUGGACGACGAGUUCCACCAAGUGAGAAGAGUGAUGACCAUCCUUUUCCUUACUAUGGUUAUCUCAUACUUCAGUUGCAUGAAAGCUGCCCCGAUGAAAGAAGCUAGUGUAAGAGGACAAGGCAGCUUGGCUUACCCAGGUCUUCGGACCCACGGGACUCUUGAGAGCCUAAACGGGCCCAAUGCUGGUUCAAGAGGACUGACAUCGCUGGCGGACACUUUUGAACAUGUCAUAGAGGAGCUUCUGGAUGAGGACCAGGGCAUCCAGCCCAGUGAGGAAAACAAGGAUGCAGACUUGUACACAUCCAGAGUCAUGCUAAGCAGUCAAGUGCCUUUGGAACCCCCGCUGCUCUUUCUGCUCGAGGAGUACAAAAACUACUUGGAUGCUGCAAACAUGUCCAUGAGGGUCCGGCGCCACUCUGACCCAGCUCGCCGCGGGGAACUGAGCGUAUGUGACAGCACGAGCGAGUGGGUGACGGCGGCGGAGAAAAAGACUGCAGUGGACAUGUCCGGGGCGACCGUCACAGUCCUGGAAAAAGUCCCAGUACCCAAAGGCCAACUGAAGCAAUACUUCUAUGAGACCAAAUGCAACCCCAAGGGGUACACAAAGGAGGGCUGCAGGGGCAUAGACAAGAGGCACUGGAACUCCCAGUGCCGAACUACCCAGUCUUACGUGAGAGCUCUCACCAUGGAUAAUAAAAAGAGAGUUGGCUGGCGCUUCAUAAGGAUAGACACUUCCUGUGUAUGUACAUUAACCAUUAAAAGGGGAAGAUAGUGGAUUUGUGUUGUAUAGAUUAUAUUGAGACAAAAUUAUCUAUUUGUAUAUAUACAUAACAGGGUAAAUUAUUCGGUAAAAAAUAAUUUUAUGGACUGCAUGUAUAACUGAAGUUUAUACAGUACAGUGGUUCCACAAUCUAUUUAUUGAACAUAUCCAUGACCUGAAGGGGGAACAAAAGUCAUUUGCGCACAAGUUGGAAAAAAAAAAAAAAAAAAAAAAAAAAAAAAAAACACGAAAAACCAAAAAAAAACCAAAAAAAAAAAAAAAAAAGAAAAACAAGCGAACAAAAAGUCUGCAUUACAUUCCUCGAUAAUGUUGUGGUUUGUCGCCGUUGCCAAGAAUUGAAAAUAUAAAAAGUUAAAAAAAAAAAAUAAAAUUGCAUGCUGCUUCAAUUGUGAAUUGAUGAUAAACUGUCCUCUUUCAGAAAAAUAAAUUGAACCAAAACAUUCCGUUUACAUUUUAGACAGUAAGUAUCUUUAUUCCUGUUAGUAUUAUAUCUGUUUACUGCUUUUAACUUCUGAUAGCGUUGGAAUUAAAACAAUGUCAAGGU